AUGAAUCAAACAACAUAUAAACCGCAAGAUAGUCGUUCAAUUGACACCAAUAUUGUUUUUGUGCCUAUUCGAUCGUCUUAUUGCCAAACAGACACAUUAAAUAAUGAUUUACCUACGAUCAAUGUAGAUUUAAGUCAAUCGGAAAAAACAAUAAAUUUAUCUGAACAACUGACUGAUAAAGUACAUCAUCGUUUACAUGAACCGUUAAUGCUGAUGAAUCGUGAAAUGUUAUGUAGACAGAAUCGAGCAUCGUUCUAUUCAACGAUACCAUCGGGUGAUAAUCUGUUCCAACAGUCUUCAAAUGAGAAAAAAGAAAUACUAUGCAAUGAAUGUACAAAGCCGAUGGAUGUUCAAACGGACAAAACAUUAUUAUCAAAUAGCAAUCAGAUAUCCAAUUUUCAUCUUCAACAAAGAAAACAGUGCCCGCAAAAAAUUAAACAAAAUCGACGUAUAAUUGAUGAUUGCAGUAUACCAUUAACACUAACAACAAGUCUUCAUUCAAAUUUAUCUUUGUACAACGAGGAUUAUUUUCUAAAAAAAAAGAUUCAUCAUUUAUUCAAUGAUAAGCUUCAUUUUCAAUAA